AUGCGGAGAGAAGGAGAAGGAUUAAGUGGACGAUUUGUCAUAACAGCUCUUCCUACCAUCUAUCACUGUAAAGAUGGAGAGUUCAGGAGAUACCAGGGUGCAAGAACCAAAACCGAUUUCAUAAAUUUCAUCAGUGACCAGGAAUGGAAAUCUAUUGAACCAGUUUCAUCAUGGUUUGGUCCUUCCUCUUUCCUGAUGAGCAGUAUGUCAGCUUUGUUUCAGUUGUCAAUGUGGAUCAGGCACUGCCAUGGUUACUUAACAGAAAAUGUUGGAAUACCGGUCUGGGGCUCAUAUGCCAUUUUUGCGUUGGCAACUCUGUUCUCGGGACUGAUACUGGGACUUAUAAUGGUGUUCUUAGCAGACUGUAUCUGCCCAUCCAAAAGGUACAGACCGCCACAGUACCCUUAUUCAAGAAAGCUAGCUCCAGAGUCAGCUCAGCUGCUGAAAAAGCUGGAUGAAGAGCAAGAAGCAGACGAGGAAGAUAUCUCGGAUGAUGAAACGGAGGGUAAAGAGGAGUCUGACAGAAGCUCGUCACCGAAUGCUGUAAGACAGCGCCCAGUGAAUCCUGCUGCUGCGAAUGAUAAAUCCUAG